CCCCGGCACAGGUGGCCCGCGCGUUGUUUGGCCGGCAGACGCCGCGACACGGUUAUUAAACGGCGCGAAACACUGGAGCGGCACGAACGCACGACCAGCAGCAGUAGCAGCAGCCGCACUUGGACGACGCCGACAACGUCACGACGGCCGACAAACAGUCCUAUACUGCAGCGGCUGCAGCAGUUAUAGCGCGCCGUCAGAAACGACGACGGCGUCGGCGGCGGCCCGGGGACGAGGACACCAUGGAGGAACAGUUGAUCGGCGAGAUCGAACGACGUCCCGUGCUGUACGACAGGAGCGUGCAGGCGUGCAAAAAAAUGUCGGCCAGGGACGAGGCCUGGCGCGAAGUGGCCGAAAUAAUGAAGCAAUCCGGUACGCGGCGCGUUAUUAGAUAACAAUAUCCGAUAACACCGUGUCAUCAUUGUAUUGUUAUAUAUUUACAUAACUAACUGAUUUUCGUUUUGUUUUCAGAGGCCGAAGUGAAAAAACGGUGGAGAACGCUCCGCGACUCGUUCAUGAGAUUUCACCGGUUGCAGAGGACUUUCGGGCCCAAGGGCAAAAAGAAAAUGUGGAUAUACUACAACGAGAUGGCGUUUCUGGUACCGCACAUCGAGCCCAGAGAGUAAUAUUACAAUAUAAUACGACCGAACAUUAUAAUUUAGCGAUUUGUAUAAUUUAUGUAUUUUUUUUUUUUCCCCGCGGUCUUUAGUUACAAAAUGUCCGGCAGCAACGAAUACGAGUACAACGACGACACGAUGGACAACAACAGCGGCGGCCGACUGCCGGAACCGCAGCCCGCCGACAUGGUGUCCAUCGCGUCCGACAUGUGCGAGGCCGAGCUGACCACGCCGCCGCCGCAGCCGAUGAUGGUGGGCAGCGCGGCCGGGUGCCCGUGCUACAACGGCGGCGGCAUUCACGUGCACCAGGAACCCGCGGCGUCCAUGAUGAUGCUGGAACAGCCGGGCGGCGGCAAGCGCAUGCGGCGGUCGGACGAGUCGUACGACCCGGUGGCCGAUUCGGACGAACACUUCGCGCUGAGCUGCGUGGCCGCGCUCCACCGGUUGCCCGUGCGGAAAAACGCCGAGAUGCGCAUGAGGAUCUUGCACAUGCUCUACGAAGCCGAAUACGGCGAAGAGCCCGCGCUCAAAUAAAUCGUCCGCGCAGGCCGUGCGUGGUGUACCUGCGUCACGCGUUACGUUAUAUUAUGCAUAUUAUACUGCGCGAUGUCAUCGCUGUCGUUCAGCAUGACUUGUACAUUUUCGUUUGUUUUCGUUAUUGCACCGCGCCCAUAAUGUGUAUUAUCGUACCGUACGAUUAUUGUAUAUAUUUAUUGAUAAAAUUAUUGUUCCGUUUACCGCGGGAAUAUUGUGUAAAUUGCGUGUACACGCGAUUAUCGACUAUUUUUUUUUGUAAAAUCAAAGCGAGUCAACCUUUAGAUUUAUUAACAACUGUCGAUACAUUAUUAUGACUAUUAUUGUGUACUUAAAUAUAGAAUUUUGUUUUUAUAAAUUAUUGUUUUUUCUGUGUCGAUUUCC